UUUAGACAGCAACAGCGGAGGGCCCCAGAUGUCGCUGAGAGACGUGGACCUGAGCGGAGCGGGAGUGACUCGGCGCCAGGGAGGAAGCGCGCUUCCGGGUGGAGCAGGCGUGGGGCGUCUCUAGCAGAUUAGCUCCACCAUGUCGAAGGUUUCCUUUAAGAUCACGCUGACUUCCGACCCGCGGCUGCCUUACAAAGUACUCAGUGUUCCUGAAAGUACACCUUUCACAGCAGUCUUAAAGUUUGCAGCAGAGGAAUUUAAAGUUCCUGCAGCAACAAGUGCAAUUAUUACCAAUGAUGGAAUAGGAAUAAAUCCUUCACAGACUGCUGGAAAUGUUUUUCUAAAGCAUGGUUCUGAGCUGCGAAUUAUUCCUAGAGAUCGAGUUGGAAGCUGUUAAUAUUUGCUACCUGGAACAUAUAAUUGCCUUUCAGAAUAAACAUUGGCAUUGUGGUGGUUGUUGUAAAACUGAAAUCAGGCAUUUAAAAUACCAUGAAAACACCAAUGGUUGAUGAAAUAACGAAAGGUGACUUCCCUAUCUUCUUGUUAAUUCUUUGUGAGAAGAGAAAGAAUACUUCACCAGUGAAAGUACCAUCUGCAUAGAAGGAAGAUUAUAGUUUUCAGUACAACCUCACAACACACAGGCAGUUCAUUUGGUCCAAAUGGAUUAUCCAGCUGCUUUUGGUAACCAGAGAAUGUCUCAUAAUUAUUUCUGAGAACAUUUGGAAAGUUUGAAUUGUUUGAAUCUUUCUACCUAAUUUUGAGUUAAAAUUUUAAAAAAUGUGUGUGUGUAUAUAUAUAUAUACACACACACACACACAUAUAUAUAUAUAUUAAACUAUGCAUCCUACAUGGCAAUUUGCUUGACAGCAUCUGACUUGUAAGUGCAGAUAUAAUUGAAAAUAAUUGCCUAUAGUUUAUGAUAAAUAAUAUAGGCACCGGUGAAUACUUAACAUCUAAACUUUUAUCUAGCUUUUUAAAUUUUCAAAUUGCAUGCAUUCAUGCAAAUUUUAGAUUAACAUUAAUGAACAAAGAUUAAAUUUUUUAUCUAGUCCAUAUAAGUAAAAUUAAUACCCCACAGUAACCAUGAUCAUACAGAAUCCAGUACUUAUAGUGGUAAAAUCUGAAGUAUCUUUGCUAAGGUAUGCAUUCUUAUUAAACAGAAAUACUUAAAGAAAAGCAUUUUCUUUUUGGAAAAUAGUAUUUCUAAAAACAUUCAGAAAGAGAAUAUUGUAACGAUCUUAAGUUUACAAUAAAACUUAAGGAAAUGUUCAUUGGAAAUUCUAAUUUCUAAAGAGGGUAUUUAAGGAAGUUUGUUAACAUGGGCCACAUAACUGAAUAAGAUAAUUGGGAAAGGACAUCCUAGGAAAUGAUAUGGCCAGAAAGGAAACAAAAACUUCUGAGAAGUGAAAGAAUGUAGCAAAGUGUCACAAUAAAAGACAACUAGAUAGAAAAGGCCCCAGAGGGUGUAUUAGGGAAAAUAGAGGAUAUCAUUGGUACCAGAACGCAGCUGGAAAAGGCAAAGUGUAAGGACUUUUCAAUAUACAGAUUUCAAAAUUCCACUUACGAGAAUGUAAAGAGUGAUAUGCACAGUUAGGAUUUUAUUUGCUCUUAAAGAGGAAUUUAACAUAUACCAUCAUCUUCACAGAUGAAAUGAAGGCUCCUUGUGAUUUAGAAUCAGGACUUAGCUAGCACUGCUGUCAGUGAACACAUUGGUGAACAAUCUGAAGGCAGGUCUUGUGCUGCCAUUACCUCUUUCAGAAAGUUACAGAAAAUGAAUACAUGCUGAAUUGUUUAUAAACAAAAUAUCUGAGACCAACAUUUUAUGUGUGUGUUUAAUAUUCUCCUUAUCAUAGACCCUAGUGGAAAUGAUAGAAAAUGGGGUGGGGGAUGUAACAAUCAGUGUCUGGUGUAAAAAAAUCUGGUCUUAAAUUUGGUGAUUUGUAGGAAUCUGAAUUUCAAGGGAAAAAUAGGUAGAAAAACAUACCACUGAGGGGCAGGGAAAGAUAUAUAUAUAUCACUGAUAGUUAGGAAAAAUCUUAUUUUUAUAAACAAAAUUUUAUGCUCACUGAUCCCUGGUGUUUAGCAAUAUUCUAUCUUAGCAAAGAAAAAAAUCAUGAACACCUAUACCCUGAAGUGUUUGUUUAGAUUCUCCUCUGUUUCUAGCACAAAAGUCUUCCUCUGAUUAAGUUUAUGAUGUCCUGUAUCAUAAUUUAAUAUUCUGUUCUAUGAUUUGAAAACUUUAUUAUAGUAAGACCUUAAAAUAUUUUCUUAAAGAACUUUAUUAAAAGUGUUGAUCUUUGA